UACACACAUAUAUAUCUUUAUCUCCAACAAAGAAGCAUAUUUACGCUGUUACCUACUAAAAUUCCCAAUACCCACUUGUGUUUGGAGUUUGGAGCACGUGAUUUUCGGAUUCUUUGUUGUUUUUUGAGUGUUUUUAUCUGUAACAAUUGAGCAAGGGGACCAGGGGUUUUACCAUUUAUAGACCUUUUUCCCUUAAACCCACACCCCAUAUAUUUUUUCUCUGUCUCUCUUUCUGUUACUUUUUUCAGAUAGGGAAGGGAGGAAGGAAGAAGAUUGGGAUGGCUCCACUCAACUGCUUUUGGCUUUCUGUCAAGAAGGGUGAGGUUUUGGGGUUGACAUAUCGAAACACAUUAGAGGAGUAAUGGUCUGCGUAUUAGGAAAUCUUGUAUACUCAUGAAUCAAAUUCUGAACCAAUUUCGUCUUGGAGGAUAUGGAUCUGUGUCAUAUUGUAUCAGAAAGAAAAUUUUGUUGCCAGCUGAAGAUGAGGUUGAUUUGGUUUUUUCCACUUUUGUUUAUAUGCCUUGGGGAUUUUCCAUUUGGGCAUGGUAAAAAUGUUUCUACAAGGCCUGCUGUUGUGAAUAUCGGAGCUAUCUUCACUUUUGAUUCCACAAUAGGUCGAGUUGCCAAGAUUGCGAUUGAGGAAGCAGUGAAAGAUGUGAACUCAAAUUCCAGCAUUCUUCAAGGGACUAAACUUCUUGUAACCAUGCAAAACUCCAACUGCAGCGGGUUUCUUGGCAUGGUUGAAGCUUUGAAACUCAUGGAGAAAGAUAUCGUUGCCAUUAUUGGCCCGCAAUCAUCAGUUGUUGCACAUAUAGUAUCCCAUGUUGCAAAGGAACUUCAAGUUCCUUUAUUAUCCUUUGCAGCCACAGACCCAACUCUUACUUCCCUUCAGUUCCCAUUUUUUGUUAGGACAAUACAGAGUGAUUUGUAUCAAAUGACUGCAGUGGCUGAGGUAGUUGAUUACUAUGGUUGGAAGGAGGUAAUUACCAUUUUUAUAGAUGAUGAUUAUGGACGGAAUGGUAUCUCAGCUUUAGGUGAUCAACUUGCACAGAGACGCUGCAAAAUUUCCUACAAGGUGCCAAUUCCCCCAGGCUCUGAAGUUAGCCGGAGUGAAAUCCUGGAUCGUCUUGUAAAUGUUGCAUUGAUGGAAUCUCGAGUUAUAGUUCUUCAUGUAAAUCCAGAUUCGGGUUUCAUGGUUUUUAGAGUGGCACAAUAUCUUAAAAUGAUGGGAAAUGGGUUUGUAUGGAUAGCCACAGAUUGGCUUUCAUCUGUUUUGGAUUCUAGUUUUCCACUUCCCUCAGACAUCAUGCAGUCAAUGCAAGGAGUGCUUGUUUUGCGCCAUCACACACCCGAAUCAGAUAGAAAGAGAGCAUUUGCGUCUAGGUGGGCCAAGUUGACUGGCGGUUCACUGGGAUUAAGUUCUUAUGGACUUUAUGCUUAUGAUUCUGUAUGGUUGGUUGCUCAUGCUAUUGAUGCAUUUUUCAAUCAGGGUGGGGUUAUUUCAUUCUCUAAUGAUUCCAAGAUAAAAAAUUUAGAAGGUGGCGAACUUCGCCUUGAUGCAUUGAGUAUUUUUGAUGGUGGUAAUCUUCUUUUGAACAACAUAUUGCAUAGCAAUCUCAUUGGUUUGACAGGCCCCAUCAGGUUUGAUUCAGAUAGAUCUCUUGUUCUUCCUGCCUUUGAUGUUAUUAACGUGAUUGGAACUGGUUUUCGACGAAUUGGUUACUGGUCCAACUAUUCUGGUUUAUCAAUCAUUCCUCCAGAGACACUCUAUGAUAGGCCACCUAAUCGUUCAAUGGCAAACCAGAAGUUAUAUACUGUUAUCUGGCCAGGAGAGACAACGGUAAAGCCUCGUGGUUGGGUAUUCCCAAACAAUGGGAAACAACUAAGAAUUGGUGUGCCAAAUAGGGUCAGUUUCAAAGAAUUUGUGUCAAAAGUUCACGGAACUGAAAAUUUGUUUAAGGGUUUCUGCAUAGAUGUAUUUGUUGCUGCUGUGGGUUUAUUGCCUUAUGCAGUACCAUAUCGAUUUAUCCCAUUUGGAGAUGGCCAUGAAAAUCCAAGCUACACAGAACUUGUGACUAAGAUCACCACUGGUUUCUUUGAUGCUGCUGUUGGUGAUAUCGCAAUUGUCACAAACAGGACAAGGAUAGUAGAUUUUAGUCAGCCAUAUGUUGCAUCUGGCCUUGUUGUAGUAGCUCCAUUUAAAAAGUUGAACACUGGUGCCUGGGCGUUCCUGCGGCCAUUUAAUGGACUUAUGUGGGCUGUCACUGCAACCUUCUUCAUUGUUGUGGGAAUAGUUGUGUGGAUCCUGGAACAUAGGACGAACGAUGAGUUCAGGGGCCCUCCUAAAAGGCAGCUUAUAACCAUUCUCUGGUUUAGCCUCUCAACUAUGUUUUUUGCUCACAGAGAGAACACCGUGAGUACUCUUGGUCGUUUUGUGCUGAUUAUAUGGCUCUUUGUGGUUUUGAUCAUAAACUCGAGUUACACUGCGAGUUUGACAUCAAUCCUUACAGUACAGCAGCUAUUUUCUCCCAUUAAAGGGAUUGAAAGCUUGAAAUCCACUGACGAGCCAAUUGGGUAUCAAGUGGGAUCUUUUGCUGAACAUUACCUUAGUGAGGAGCUAAACAUACCUAAGUCUAGGCUUGUUCCCCUUGGUUCACCUGAAGCUUAUGCUAAAGCACUUCAGGAUGGUCCUAAGAAUGGAGGCGUGGCAGCUGUGGUUGAUGAACGCGCUUACAUUGAGCUCUUCCUCUCAACACAAUGCAAAUUUAGAGUUGUUGGCCAGGAGUUCACUAAAAGUGGCUGGGGUUUUGCAUUUCCAAGAGACUCUCCACUAGCCAUUGACAUGUCAACCGCGAUUCUCCAGCUAUCUGAAAAUGGCGACCUUCAAAGAAUCCAUGACAAGUGGUUGAUGAGAAGCGCUUGCCAAAUGGAAAGUGCUGAACUCGAAUCUGAUCAGCUUCAUCUCAAGAGCUUCUGGGGCCUCUUUCUUAUCUGUGGUGUUGCUUGCUUCCUUGCUCUUCUCAUAUACUUCUUCCAAAUUAUGAACAAACUAUGGCGUGGUUCUCCACCGGAUUCUGUUGCAGGCGGUUCAAGUGAUAUGAAAUCAGGGAGGCUUAGGCGGUUUAUAUCAUUGAUUGAUGAGAAGUCAGAGAACUCCAAUAAAAGGAGGAAAGUGGAGAGAUCAUUAUCUGAAAAUGAUAAGCGGAGGCAAUGGGGAGGUGAUCCACAAACAGAAAUAGCUAACAGAAAUAGCAUUCACAACAUCAAUUAACUUAUGUUACUUGUAAGGUAAUUGUUGAUCAGGUAGUGCUGAGUCAAAACUCUUACCAAUUCUAAUUGUUAAUAUUUUGUAUUUAUUUGGAAAAUAUAUACAUGUGUAUGUAUGCAGGAAAGUGGAAGAAACAUGAGAACAAUUUAUAUUCCAUUUCUUGCCUAAUACAUAAUUAAAUAUUAUAUAUAAAAAAUAAUAAUAGAUGCUUAUGUAAAGCUCAGAUUGAGUGAGUGUAUUAGAUAUUAUCAUAUAUGCUUAUGUUCAGCUCAUCUUCUUUUGC